AUGGCUGCGGUGUUGGUGUGGUACACACGAGAGGACGGAGAGGUGGUAGCAGACACCAGAGAGUUGGAGGUAGAGAAGUGUCUGCCUAACAAGGUGGACCUCACCUGGUCUGUUGCUAAAGCACAACCAGGAGCUGCAGCCUCACUGACUCUGUCAUCAGAGCCACACUCUGUGUGUAGCCUGGGAGUGGUAGACAGAAGCACGGAGCUGCUGGCUGAUAACCCAGAUCCUAUAUCACUUGAAAAAUUAUUUAAUAUCGCUGAUAGUUUUAACAUUGGACGGUGGCUGAACUCUCAGAUCAACGUCUAUCAGUACUGCUUCAAUAAGAAAUUGAGUGAACCUGAAGAAAAACCAGGUUAG